CGGUAUUAUUGGUUUUGGCUUUACCUUUCAGUCAGCACUCAAUGAGUCAAUCAUCGUCUGGUUCCUCCACUGAUGAAGGCGACGCACUCGAUUUGCUUUUGCACGAAAAAGAACAGCUUCGUCGACAACAGCAACAAGAUCAUGACGCCGAUCUAGCCCUUGCUCGGUACUUGCAGGAACAAGAAGAUUUAGCGAGCCGAUCUCCUCUGCCGAAUAUCUGCGUCGAUUUAGAAGCAGAUUUGGCACUCGCCAAACGAUUGCAAGAGCAAGAAGAGGAAGAACAGCGGCAGCAGCAGAAGGAACAAGAGAAACGACAAGUACAAGACGUUGGCAGUUCUUCUUCGUCUGCCAUUAUUAUUCAAGAUGCUUCACCUGAUCCAGUUCAUGAGCUCCUUGAUCCCAACCCAGAUCUUCAUGCAUUAUUCCUUGCUUUUGAUCAUCAGUUCUUCAAGGGUCAACUCGCUUCGGUAGAGAUCAAGUGGUCCACGCGAAUGACGCUGUGUGCGGGUAUAUGCGAAUACAAAUCUGGAGGAUACGUUGUCAUUAAGCUAUCGGAGCCAUUGUUAAAGUAUCGACCUCGUGAAGAUAUGGUCAACACGUUGUUGCACGAGAUGAUCCACGCACUAUUGUUUAUUCAGAUGAGGAAUGAUGAUCAUGACGGACAUGGCCCCGAAUUUCUGCGAGAGGCAGAUCGAAUCAAUAAGACAGCAGGAACUAAUAUUACGGUAUACCACAAUUUCCGUGACGAAGUAGAUCAUUAUCGACGCCACGUCUGGAAGUGCGAUGGACCUUGUCUAGAGAAACCGCCGUUCUUUGGUAUAGUGAAACGAUCGAUGAAUAGACCGCCCCAACCAGCAGAUGUAUGGUUCCACGAGCAUCAGAUGACAUGUGGAGGGACAUACACCAAGAUAGCCGAGCCUGAGGGCUAUAGGGACAAAAGCAAUAAGCGGCCAGUGUCCAAGAUAACGGACUUCUUUAAGGAUUGGGAUGAAGAGGUGCCAGUAACAGCAACGACAUCAUCCAACAAGAAAGCCAAAACAGUGAUAGAUAAAAAACCAAGAGGGCGAAGCAACUCCGAUGCAUGACAGUAGCAGCGGCAGUGUGUGAUGGCCCGUUUUUCUUUCUUUCCCUUGCAAGUGUUAAAAUAUCCCUUUUCUCUUUCUUCUUUGUUUCCCUGACACUCUGCGUCUUUCUUUAUUUCUUUAUUCCAUAUACCCCUUAUCCUUGCUU